AUGGGAAAGAAGAAGGAUAAAGGGAAAGAAUCAGAUUCACCUACUAAAGCCCUUUCAGACCAUUCUGAAGAUCUCAAUAAAACCCUUACUCUAAACAGUAAACCAACCCCUUAUAAAGACCUCAAAAAAUGGAUUGAAGAACUCAGUCAAUCUCCAGAGGUAUUAAAGGCCUUGCAAGGUAUGGCAUCUUCUUCCACAGAAGAUACAGACAGUCUUUAUAUACACGGAAAUGAUAGCCCGCUGACAAAUGUUGGCAUUGACUAUCCCUUCUAUUUGGAUAAUACAAUCGCUCUUGAGACUGUUUAUCGGUUAAAUGUUGGAGGACGGGAUAUUGACGGUUCAGGUGACACCGGAAUGUACAAGAAAUGGGUUCAAGACUCUAAUUACAUUUUUGUCUCAAAUCUCACUUGGAUAUUCCCCGUUGAUACUGGAUUCAACUAUCUUGUUCGUCUCCACUUUUGUGAGACUCGACUAGAGGUUACCGGUGCGCUUCAACUGGUAUUCUCGAUAUUCAUCAAUAAUCAAACAGCGGUAGCUCAAGCAGAUGUAAUAUACUGGAGCGGUGGUAGAGGUGUUCCAGUGUACAAAGACCACGUCAUAUGGAUUCCAGCAGCAGGCCCCGGCAAGCAGGACUUGUGGCUCGCUUUACACCCAUCUGAUGAGUUUGAGUUAGCUGACGCGACCUUGAACGGUUUGGAGAUAUUCAAGUUGAAUAAAUCAAAGGGUAGUUUAGCAGGGCCAAACUCUGAACCAAUACUAGUUCAGACACCACCAGUCCGGCAACCAAAACUAUUAGAAAGAACAAAAAGCAAACACGUAAAGAAAGUAACAAUUUUAAUUGGACUAGUAUUUGGUGGUGUCUUAUUGCUUGCUUUUAUUCUUUGUUUCUUUGUUUUUAAUCAGAGGAGGAGAGGAAAGAAGUACUCAAUUAUUACCAAGUCCAAAUCCUUUCGAGCCCCUUUUCCUCACACUUCAAGAUCCACGACCAGAAAAUCUUUUCUAAAUCCUUUUAAUCAAUUCCGUCGGUUCUCAAUUUUCGAAAUUGAAGUAGCCACAUCCAAAUUCGACGACAAAUCUAACAAGUCCUCGACAAUUGCUUCACCAUUGCCAACAGAGCGUUGCCGUAGAUUUACAAUUCUCGAAAUCAAAGAAGCUACCAGAAAUUUUGACGAUCAAAACUUUAUAGGUUCUGGAGGAUUUGGUAAUGUAUAUAAAGGAUACAUAGAUAAUGAAUCCAUCACAGUCGCUAUCAAACGGCUAGAUUCAUCAUCAAAGCAAGGGACUCGUGAAUUCACGACAGAAAUAGAGAUGUUGUCACAAGUCCGCCAUGUCAAUCUUGUAUCUUUGAUCGGAUAUUGCAUUGAUGAAGGUGAAAUGAUUCUCAUCUAUGAUUACCUUAUCAACGGCACACUUGCAGAACAUUUACAUGAAACAAACAAUGAUCCUCUUCCGUGGAAAAAAAGGCUUCACAUAUGCAUAGGCGCAGCACGUGGAUUGCAUUAUCUUCAUUCCGAGUUCACGCAUACCAUUAUCCAUCGAGACGUGAAGACAACUAAUAUUUUGCUAGACGAAAACUGGAUUGCAAAAGUUUCAGAUUUCGGAUUAUCCAAAGCAGCUUUCAAACAGGAGGUCAGUACUACUAUAGUGAAGGGAACUUGGGUUUUAUUUCAUAAACUCAUCACUCCUAUCCUCUGUGAAAAAUGCAUUCAAAAUGGAAACAUUUAUCAAAUAAUUGAUCCUUAUUUGAAGGGGAAGAUAGCUCCACGGUGUUUCAAAAAAUUUGUGGAGAUCGCAUUCAGUUGCGUUCAUAGCAAAGGCAUUGAACGGCCCAAUAUGAGAGAUGUUAUGGAAGAACUUGAGUUUGCACUGAAGCUGCAAGACGAUGCGGAAGCUGAGAAUAUGGGAAUCAGUCCUGAUGGUGAAAUCGUCCAUCCUUAUGUAUCUUUUUUCCCUGCCCAAUGGUGUUGA